AUAACAGUUGUGCAAGACACGAGAGGGUUUUUUUGCACAAUGAUCAGAAAACUGGCAGCUUUGAGUCUUCUUUGUGCAUUGCAUCUCAUUCAAACUGCAAAACUUCCUGAAAAGAUCUCUCUGACUGUGGUUGAAGUCGGUGGAAAUGUCACUUUGAAAUGUUCAAACUAUGGGGGAGGCAGAUUCUUCUACUGGUAUAAGCAGCCGGUUGGAUUCAUGGUCCAAAAAGUUGUUUCAGGAAGUUCUACUCAAACCUCGCUGACUGCAGAGUUUAAUAACCAACGUUUUGAAGUCAUACAGGGGAAGGAUCACUUUUUGCUCUCCAUCAGAAAUGCCAGCAAGGAGGAUGAAGCAACAUACUUCUGCCACACUGGAACUGCUUAUACUCAAGAUUUCAUCAAUGGCAUCUUCUUGGCUGUUAAAGAUGUUACGAAGGAGAAGUCCGUCAUCGUGGAACAAAGCCCAAGGAAAGCAUCAAUCCAGUCGGGACACUCUGUGGUUUUCAAAUGUUCUCUUCCCUCCAUGAACAAAGAAACCAGAAAGCAAUGUCCAGGUGAACACAGUGUGUACUGGUUCAGAGCUGGAGCAGGAGAAUCCCAUCCAGCUGUUAUUUACUCUCACAGUGACAGAGGUGAUGAAGAAGAGAAGAGUUGUGUUUACAGUCUGUCCAAAACCAUUCACAACUCGUCUGAUGCUGGGACGUACUACUGCGCUAUAGUCACAUGUGGACAAGUCCUGUUUGGUGAAGGAACAACAGUGGAGACAAAAUCAGAGCUUUAUCUCAUCAUUAUUGUACUUGGAGUAUUGUUGGCCUGCUGUCUGACUGUCAACCUCGUCCUUUUAAUCCGUGCCAGUCACAACAGAGCCUGCGAACAUUGCAAAGCAGAAGCAAAAGGAGCUUCUCAUCAUCCUGGAUGUGACACAACAAUAGUGGAGCAACCUACUGACCUGGAUGGAGACACUGAGGCAGAAAACUACGCAGCACUAAAUUUCUCUGCAAGAAAAGUCAAAAAUGUGAAGAAAACCAGAGAAUCAUCACAAGAAUGUGUGUACUCAGCCGUGAGGAGGGGCAAACAGCACCACCCAUCCCAGUAACGGAGAACGGAAGCCUGAGAACGUCAAAAUGGAGAGAGGCUUCAAGCAUACACGUCAACAUGUUCAUGUCAUGAUGUUGGUGAGUGAGCAGCCACAAGCUGCAACUCAGGAGAAAGACUAAAGAAAUGGAAACAGAGGAUCUGCUGUUGUAAUAUAGUUUGGAUUUCUUAAUGAAAUAAUAAAAUGAAGGCAUGGUGCAUACUGUCAUGAUCCAGGUUCUGAUUUGUUAGAUUAUGAGUUUUUCUAGUGUAUUUCCUGUGUUUAGUUUUGAUCCCUCGUGUUUUCCUUGCUCUGUGAUUUCCAUGUUUUUAGUUUUACCUUGUAUUUAGGUGUCCUAGUUUGUAUAUUUCUGGUGUUUAGUUCUUAGGUGUUUCUUGUAGUCCUUGUGUUUCUGUGUAUUUUGUGCUUCAUGUUUAGGUUAUUCCCUGUGUUUUAUGUUGAGUUACUCCUUGUAUUUCCAGUUUAUUCCUUGUUUCAUGUUAAGUUUUUACUC